CCAAACAGCACAUCCCAGUGCCUGGCUGGGGGAACGGGGUGAGCAGAGGAGAAACACGUCCCUGCUUCCAGCUGGGAUCACUUUGCUGCCUGAGCUGUCUUUCUGGAAGCCGGUUGCUGCUCCGGGCAUAUUCACGGGUGUUGGAGCAGAGCAAGGGAAGCAUCGGAGAGGGAUAUUUUUAGAUGCUCUUUGUGCUCAGAGAGCAAAACCAGGCUGUGGUGUAACGGCCAUUAGCUGCUGGGCAUGUUUGAAAAGCUGAGGAUUCAGGGGCACGUUUGACAUGAUGGAAUGGAGCAGCUUUGCAGACAGGACGGCAAUUUUUGGGCUGAGCAUUGAAGUGAAGAUCCCAAGAGGAGCCUGGAUCUGGGCAGCCCGGCCCGUUUAGCUGCCACACGGGGCCAGGCUGGCUGAUCCCCCAAAAGGACGUGUUCACGUGUUUGUGGGGUGACAUUUGCUCCAGUGGCUACGGAAGAGGUGCAGCAAAAAAGCGGACAAGAGAUCCGCAUGUCAGACCACAAGGACCCCAGCGAUGGGGAUCCAGAUCCCCAGCACGGCAUUACUGUGGUCUUCCUCCUUGUCCUUGUCUUCUUCAUCAUGGGGCUGGUGGGGUUCCUGAUCUGCCACGUCCUGAAGAAGAAGGGUUAUCGGUGCCGGACUUUCCGGGAUGAGCUUGACCCAGAUGACAAAGAAGGGGUGGAGGAGCUCGAGGAUGAUGAGGACAAGAACGAUGACACCGUGGAGAAGAUCGUGAGAUGCAUCAUCCAAAACGAAGCAAAUGUGGAGGCCCUCAAGGAGAUGUUGGGGGAAAAUGAAGGGGACGUGCCAGUGCCAGUGCCCAGCCUGUGUCCCCACAGUAGCAGCCAGGACGGGGGCCCACCACAUCACCACACGGUGCACCUGGGCUCCACGCAGGCCCCCUGCAUCCACUGCAGCAGGAGGAAGAGGCACCCGCUGCAGCGCCAGGGCCGGUCCAAGGAGGGCAAAAGCAGGAUGCAUCCUGGAGAGACCACCGUCUUCUCAGUGGGCAGGUUCCGUGUCACACACAUCGGGAAGAGACCGCCGGUCCAGGAGCAGCAGGACGGCACGCUGCCCGCCGGCAGCCGGCAGCCGAGCACAGAGGAGCUGGAGCGCAGCAGCGAGAGGCUGCAGUGGGAACGGGCUCUCAACGGGACUGUCCCCACGGGUGCCCUGCAGAACGGAGCCAUCCAGACGGGCACCCAGAGCGCGGGCAGAAGCGCGGAGCAAAGCCUGUCCGCCAGCCCAGCCGCGAACACACCAGCCAGCUCCGGCACCCGUGACAGCCGGCGGGCGGACGUGGGCUCCGGCCCGCUGGGCUCCGGCCCGCUGGGGUCUGGCAGAGCCGGGUCCAGCCUGGUGGGGCCUGGCACGGCGGGGUCCCUGAAGGAUGCUGGCUCUGCUCCCGGGAGCUCGAGCCGCCAGCGGAGGCUCAUGAGCAUGCCGGCGCUGGGAGUGUCGAGUCCCAACAUCCCAGGAGAGCUGGCAAGGGAAGGAGCCGGCAUCUGCCUGGAGGAGAUCGGACUGGCGUCGGCAGAUGAAGUGUCGGAUAUUCACGGGAGCCUGAGCCUGCAGGAACAGGCCGAUGAGUUGGGGAGAGACGACAGCAGCAGGAGACAGUCAGGAGGGGAGGACGGGAAGCAGCAGGAGCCCAGCGCCGAGGAGCAGGACCGUGUGUGACGGGGUCGGGAAGUGCCAGCCACAGGCGGUGACUCCGGGAAAUCCCGUUUGCGGGUGGUGGGGAGGUGCCACGGCUGUGGGGACAAGCCCUGUCGUGCCCCUCUCCCCUCAGCUCCUCUCCGCUCCCGGCUGGAGCGUGGACGGGAGGCGUGCAGCCCCUGGACCCCUCGGGGCCGGGGGCUCUGCCGUGGGGCAGCCGCGGGGCAGCCGGCCCCGGGUGGGCAUCUACGCGCUUGGCAUGGCCGGAGCGACGCGCCGGCGUCACCGACAACCGCGCUCGGCGCCAGCCUUCAUCCCAUUGGCAAUAGGUACCCGAGUCCCUCCGCACCCUCCCCGGAGACCCCCCCCGAGGGACCCUCGGGCCUGGCAGGGGCAGGACAGCACCCCGAGCCCGCUGCCCCCGCGGCCCCCCAGCUCCGGGGGAAGGAUCAGAGGGGGCCGCGGUGAGGGGCAGGGAUGGAGGCAGCGGCUUGAGCCCCCCCCGGGGCGGUGGGGAGCACCCACCCACCGCAGGCACCCGGCACGUUGACCACAGAGCACAGCCCCCCGCCCCCGGGCACGCAGAGCGGGCACAGGCACAAACCCUGCACCGGCAGGUCCCUGGGAGAUGCUGGCGGAGAGAGGAGCUUCCAGCCCCAUCCCGGCACAGGAGGGGCCGGAGCCCGGCCCUGGGGGCACGAUGGCCCGCGGCCAGGCCAGCGGGCA